UUCACUGCAGAGAUGGUCUGUGUAUUAUAUUUAUGACCCCAUCAGUUGAAUUUCUGAGGUUUAAAAGCAAACCGUUCAUCUUUCACACUUAGAUUUUUCCUGUCAUCCAUUUCAUGAACAGUGAUGCUCUCUUGAAGAAUCCAAGAUUUUUUCUUCUCUGGGCUAUAAAGAUUAAAGCCCUUUCCUUUCAUUUAACCGUGUUCUUGCUCCAGUUAUCAGCAUCCCUUUUUCUUAAAGUUCAAUUCUUGUGUCAUUUUCGGAGAAUUCCUGUGAUUUUUCUUGUUUCAUAAUUUCUUCUCAUAUGCUCAGUGUAAUGCAUUCUUAGAGCCAUUCUUCAGAAACCCACAAGAUUGAACAGUUAUGGGAGCAAAAUUUCUUCAGUUUCUGGUUUUAAGUUUCUCUACUUUCCUUUUCUCAACUGCUUUCACACCCCAAGAUAAUUACCUCAUCAACUGUGGAUCGAACGCUCCUACGGUAGUUGUUGAUAACAGACACUUUGUUUCAGACAAGGGUUCAGGUUAUCUAUCAGAAGGUAAAUCAUUUUCUCUCACAAAUCCUAAAACAUCUCCCAUCUCUCCUGUACUUUACAGCACAGCUAGAGUUUUCACUUCUGCUUCAAGCUAUGCUUUUAAUAUCAAGAGUGUCGGGACCCAUUUGGUGCGUCUGCAUUUCUCUCCUUUUAGUUCAGGGAAUUAUGACCUCAAGAAUGGAAACUUUGAUGUUUUGGCAAAUGGGAUUUCCCUUUUGAGCAAUUUUGGUGCUAACUCUACUGUUCUUAAGGAGUUCUUCUUGAUGGUGGAUAAAGAAGAGCUUGAGAUUUUGUUUACUCCUGCUAGUGAUUCCAGUCUUGCUUAUGUAAACGCAAUUGAAGUGUUUUCAGCACCCAAAGAUUUUUUCAUUGAUGCUGCUGGGAUAGCAUUGAUUAGUCCUGAUGGGAUUCAAGAAUUUAAGCAGAAUGUUUCAUCCCAGAUUUUAGAAACUGUUCAUAGGAUUAAUGUUGGGGGUUCGAUGUUAACACCAUUUAACGACACGCUUUGGAGAACCUGGAUUCCAGAUGAAGAUUUUCUUUACUUCAAAUCUGCUGCUAAAAUUGCUCGGACCACUGAUCCCCCGAACUACCAACCGGGUGGUGCAACUAGGGAGACUGCCCCUGAUAAUGUGUACAUGACUGCACAGCAAAUGAAUAUAGUAAAUAGAAGUUUGAAUUCUCUGUUCAAUAUAACUUGGGAUUUUCCUGUUAGACCGGGGGAGGAUAUGCACUUUGUUCGCCUACAUUUCUGUGAUAUUGUUAGCGUUGCACUUAACACGUUGUACUUCAACAUAUACAUAAAUGGGGUCACUGCAUACAAAGAUGUGGACUUGUCUGUGCUUGCAUUACAUCAGCUUGCUUCUCCUUAUUACAUUGAUUUCGUUGUAAAAAACGCUAAAGGUUCUGGUGUAGUACGGGUUAGUGUUGGUCCUUCUGAACUGAGUGCUACUUUGAGGAAAAAUGCUCUUCUUAAUGGGGUGGAGAUCAUGAGAAUGGUGAAUUUUGUAGCUUCGCCAAGAAGGUCUAAGAAAAAAAGUUUGUGGAUUUUGGUGGGUUCAGUUAUUGGAGGAAUUUUCGUCCUGGCUUUGGCAGUUGUAGCAAUUUUGGCCUUACUCAAAUGCAGAAAGAGAAAACCAAAACAGAAAACGAGACGUGCUGAAAGUGCAGGUUGGACUUCUCUGCGUGUAUACGGUGGCAGCUCACAGGCCACAGCAUCUGAAGGAACUGCUCUUGCUUCUCCUGGUCCUUAUGGAUAUUUUGGUCUGAAGAUUCCCUUUGCUGAUAUACAGUUGGCUACAAAUAAUUUUGACAAGACUCUGCUAAUUGGAUCUGGCGGUUUUGGCAUGGUCUACAAAGGGGUUCUUGGCGACAACAUAAAGGUUGCUGUGAAACGAGGCAUGCCUGGUUCCAGGCAAGGACUCCCAGAAUUCCAUACGGAAAUAACUGUUCUGUCAAAAAUUCGCCACCGGCAUCUUGUUUCACUUGUUGGCUACUGUGAGGAGCAAUCUGAAAUGAUUCUUGUCUAUGAGUAUAUGGAGAAAGGGCCACUGAGACACCAUUUGUAUGGUACAGAUUUACCACCUUUGUCUUGGAAGCAAAGGCUUGAAAUAUGCAUUGGUGCAGCUAGAGGUCUUCACUAUCUGCACACAGGUUCUGCUCAAGGGAUCAUCCACCGUGACAUCAAAUCAACCAACAUUUUGCUUGAUGAGAAUUACGUGGCUAAGGUUGCUGAUUUUGGUCUCUCAAAGUCCGGACCAUGUCUGAACGAGACUCAUGUAAGCACUGGUGUAAAAGGCAGCUUCGGCUACCUAGAUCCUGAAUAUUUCCGGCGACAGCAGCUUACUGAUAAAUCAGAUGUUUACUCAUUUGGGGUCGUGCUGUUCGAGGUUCUGUGCGCUAGACCUGCUGUGGAUCCAUUACUGACCAGAGACCAAGUGAACUUAGCCGAAUGGGCAAUGGAGUGGCAAAAGAAAGGGAUGAUCGAGCAAAUCGUGGACCCUCAUCUCAAAGAUCAGAUAAAACCAAGCUCUCUGAAAAUAUUUGGUGAAACAGCUGAAAAAUGUCUGGCUGAGUAUGGUGUUGAUAGGCCGACCAUGGGUGACGUCUUGUGGAAUUUGGAAUACGCGUAUCAGCUUCAAACAAACGGAAGGAAAAGGGAAGAGCACAGGCCCACAGAUGUUACGUCAGAUGAUCCACGAACACCUAUGGUUGUUCCAUCAGGCCGUGCUGGCAUUGACGGGAAUUGUGAUGAUGGUACUUCGGACAUAUCAACGAGCGGUGUUUUCUCCCAGCUGAUAACCAAUGAAGGCAGAUAGACACCACGAAUAGACAGAGUAAAAUAAAUAGUUUCCACAUAUUGAUUGUGGAGGAAGGAAUUCUUCCUAAGGAAUUUCUUGCUAGAUAUUUCAAGUUUCUUGUUACUUGCUGUUUUUGGACAGCCAUCAUACUCUUUCUUGAAUUCAACUCACGCAUGGAUAAUAUACCAUGUGUUUGAACUUGAGAUCACUCUUUCAAUUGUCUUAGGAUGAUUUUAGUGUUCUUGACAAUGUGUAAUGAGGAUCUCAGACUCUCCGCAGUUGUAGCACUCAACAGGUUUUCCAGUUUUAUCUGACAAAAAUGUAUUCUUCUA